AUGCUCGGAACAAGACGCAGCCCACGCACCACCAGACACACCACCACAACCACCAAGCCCAGCCUCAUGUCUCGCUUGACUGGUGGUCGUAGCCGCAAGACACACACCGUGUCUACAACCUCUGGCCCACGCACGACGCACAGCCGCCGAGCAGCUCCUGUCCACCACCAACGUCGCAAGACAUCGAUUGGCGACAAGGUUGCCGGUGCUCUGAAGAAAGUUCAGGGCAGCCUCACACACAACCCAGCCAAGAAAGCUGCCGGUACCCGUAGAAUGCACGGCACAGACGGCCGCGGCAGUCGCCGGGUCUACUAG